GUAUACAAGUCAGUGGGCCGAGGAUACAAGUAAACUUUAUUACGUAAUCCGAAGCUCAGAAAUACUGUCAGAGGAUAUGAAACGUAAACAAAACUCGAGACAAAACGUAUCAUAAAAAUGAUGUUUCAAAGUGUUCCUGAUAACCGAUCUUUAAAUGUAGAGUCUCGAAGAGCGAACAGACCUGAACUUUAUGAGGAGGUAAAGCUUUAUAAAAGCGGACGAGAAAGAGAAAAGUAUGACAAUUUAGCCGAUUUUUUUGCAGUUAUCAAUACAUUGCAGGCAUUAGAGAAAGCUUAUAUCAAGGAUGCAGUCACACCAAAAGAAUACACUGCUGCUUGUUCCAAAUUGCUUGUUCAAUACAAAGCAGCAUUCAAACAAGUUCAAAGUGAUGAAUUUCCAACUGUUGAAAGCUUCAUGAAAAAGUAUAAGUUGGAUUGUCCGGCAGCCUUAGAAAGAAUCAAAGAAGAUCGGCCUAUAACAAUAAAGGAUGACAAAGGAAACACAAGCAAGUGUAUUGCUGACAUUGUUAUGCUUUUUAUAACCAUAAUGGAUAAACUGCGUUUGCAAAUAAGAGCGACAGAUGAGAUCCACCCAGACUUAAGGGAUUUGAUGGAUACUAUGAACAGUUUAAGUAAGCUUGCUGAGGAUUUUGAAGGCAAAGUAAAAGUGAAAUCCUGGCUUGACACAAUGGGUCAAAUGAAAGCUAGCGACGAGCUAUCAGAAGAUCAAGCAAGACAAAUGUUGUUUGAUUUAGAAACGGCCUAUAAUGCUUUCAACAAAUCGUUACAUUAGUUAUUUCACAUUAUAUGGUAAACGUUUUUUGAAGUAUUCUUCGUCGGUAAUAUACCAGAAACCCUCGAUCUACAUACCUUAAUCAGUUACUUCUGAAAUAGUUUAUAUUCCGCAUUUCUCCCAUUUUAAACCCAUUCAGAAAACGUGAAAUGUUAAAACAUCAAGGAACUGCUUUUAGGAUCUGCUAAGUGUAGAUCCACAAUGUUUCUCGUUUCCAAGUAAUUCCUUUAUUCCGAUUAGCUUAGGUAUAUCCAAUCCAAUAUUCGUCCAACAUAGCUUUUGUGACAAAGCGUGCAUAUCAAAAGUAGUUUGAAAUGAUGAGGCUAUUAUCUAUUGGAAUUUUAGCAAUAGUAAUGACGAACGUGAAUUAAAUUAUACCCUGAUGCCAUACAGGAUAAUCAACGACAACGUUGUAUAUGCUUAAUUCUACAGGGUGUCCCAAAAAAAAGUCCCCGCUAUUGAAAUGAAGCUUUUGUUGGAAUUUGAAUGCAUGAUCAA